AUGACGCCCAAGCGCCUCCUUAACCCUUCUCUUUCCCUGCCUUCAUCUUCCAUCUCAUUUUAUCCCUUCCAUUCUGCUUCAAUCUCCCACACUCCUCACCCACUAUCCGACGUUGUUUCCCUCUCUAACAGCGCCACCUACCACCCCAAUUCACCUCCCUCCCAAUCAGCUUGCAACUCCCUCAUCUACAACCUCCUCAAGGCACGACGCUACGGCGCUGUCGUGUCGGUAUACCGAAAGAUGGUCUCCACGAGCAUUUCUCCCAGUUUCAGUUCACUCGGGGCGUUAAUGGAAAGUUUCGUCAACACCCACUACCCAAGUUCCGCUUUUGGGGUCCUUGGCCUAAUUAUAAAACACGGUUUUGUGGUUGAAGUCUAUAAUUUCAACCUUGUGUUGAAGAGUUUUUGCCAGAGUGGUCAAUGCGACAAGGCAAUGGAUUUGUUUUCUCAGAUGAAGAAAAAUAACGAUUGUGUGGUUCCUGAUAGUUUUACCUAUAAUACCCUUAUAAGUGGAUUGUGUAAAGCUAAGAGAUUCGUAGAAGCUAGGGCUUUGUUUGAGGCGAUGAAGGUUGGGGAGAACAAACCCAAUUUGGUGACAUAUAGUGUUUUGAUUGAUUAUCUUUGUAAGAAUGGUGAAGUUUGUGAGGGGUUGGUUUUGUUGGAGGAGAUGGAGAGAGAGGGGUUGAAAGCUGGUGUGUUUCUGUAUAGUUCUCUAAUUAGUGUCUUUUGUGCCAAGGGUGAUGUUGAGAGGGGGAAGGAACUGUUUGAUGAGAUGUCGAAGAAGAAGGUUAGUCCCAACGUGGUUACAUAUAACUGUUUGAUGCAAGGUCUUAGCAAGAUUGGUCGGUGGAAAGAGGCGUCUGAUAUGUUGAAGGACAUGAUGGCACGAGGAGUUCGGCCGGAUGUUGUUACUUACACAGUUUUGGCUGACGGGCUUUGCAAGAAUGGUAGGGCGGAGGAUGCAAUUAAGGUGUUGGAUUUGAUGGAGCAGAAGGGGGAGGAGCCAAAUGCUUUUACUUACAAUGUUGUUGUCAAUGGGUUUUGUAAGGAGGAUCGGGUGGACGAUGCGUAUAGGAUUGUGGAAAUGAUGUCGAAGAAGGGGAAGAAGCCUGACGUGGUUACGUAUAGUACGUUGAUGAAAGGGCUGUGUGGAUCUGGCAAAGUUGAUGAGGCGAUGGAUCUUUGGAAGCUGUUGGUGAGCGACAGGUUCCAUAUGAAGCCUAAUGUCUUCACGUAUAAUUAUUUAAUUCAGGGACUUGGCAAGGAAGGACGUCUUCAUGAUGCUAUAAGGGUCCAUUCCACUAUGGUUGAAAUGGGGUGCCUAGGUAACAUAGUAACUUAUAAUGUUUUGAUUGAGGGUUAUCUAAGUGCCCGGGAACUUAUUAAGGCUUUGGAACUCUGGACAUGUGCACUAGACUCUGGAAUUUCUCCCAAUUCAAUGACAUACAGAGUUUUGAUGAUUGGUUUGUGCAAGAUGCAGAUGCUGAGUCUUGCAAGAGGACUUUUUAUUAAAAUGAAAAAUUCUGGGAUUAGACCAACAGUAGUUGAUUACAAUGCACUAAUGGCAUCCUUGUGCAGGGAAAAUCGUUUAGAGCAGGCUAGGAGUCUAUUUCAAGAAAUGAGAAAUGUGAAUCAUGAUGUUAAUGUUGUCUCCUUUAAUAUAAUAAUUGAUGGAACUCUCAAAGCCGGAUAUCUUAAACAUGCCAAGGAAUUGCUGUUGGAGAUGCUUAACAUGGAUUUGGCCCCUUCUGCUGUAACCUUUUCUAUAUUAAUAAAAAGGUUCUCAAAACUUGGACUGUUGGAUGAGGCCAUGUCCCUCUAUGAGAAAAUGGUCUCGUGUGGACAUGUACCGAAUGUUGUGGUAUUUGAUUCUUUGCUAACUGGCCAUGGUUUAAAGGGAGAGACAGAAAAAAUCAUUUCCUUGCUUCAUGAAAUGGCGCAUAAGGAUGUUGUUCUGAACUCUAAAAUAACAAACACCAUCUUAGCUUGCCUUUGUCUCAUGCCAAGUUAUCUUGAUGUAGAGAAGGUUCUUCCAAAAUUUUCACAACAUAGUGAACAUACAUCAAGCGGAACAACAGUCAGAUGCCAGGAGUUCCUGAUGAAGCUGAAUAUCGAUCAUCCAGAACUAAAAUUAUUUGUUGCACAAUAG